GCAGGUUGCCUUUUGUUUGAAUCAGCUUGUGGGACUCACUGCGUCGAGGUUUUAGCUCAGCUGGCAAAAGCAGACGGACAACUGACAACAACAAGAUGGCUGGAGUUUGUUUGCUGGCCCUUGUGGCUGGUUUACUGCUGGAGGUGUAUGGACUGGCAGCAGAAAUCCCAGAGAAGAAGACAGGAGCUGUGUUUGCAUCUCAGCAGGCAGCACACGCGGUACUGCAGCGCCAGCGCAGGUACAACUCGAAUUUAGAAGAAAUGUUUCACAAAGACGACCUGGAACGGGAGUGUAAAGAGGAGAGCUGUUCAAUAGAGGAGGCCAGGGAGGUGUUUGAGAACGAUGAGAAGACAAUGGAGUUCUGGGCUGGCUACACUGAUGGAGACCAGUGUGACCCACCCCCCUGCCAGAAUGGAGGUGUGUGUGAGGAUGGAGUCGGCUCUUAUGUUUGCUGGUGCAACCCAAAUUUCACUGGCAAGAACUGUGAGAUCGAGGUGACCAAACAUUGUUCGAUCAACAACGGUGGCUGUUCCCAUUUCUGCGUGUUGCAGAUGGAUCAACCUGUUUGUCAGUGUGCAACAGGGUACAGACUUGGGGCAAACAAGAAAAGCUGUGAAGCAACAGGGCCGUUCAGCUGUGGUCAAGUGAGCUUGUCCUCCACCUCCGUCGACAGGUCUCCCAUAAACCCACGGCCAUCAAACAUGACACUCAACAGCCUGCGGGAAGCCUAUUAUGAUGACAACAUAACACAGUCAUAUGAUUACUACGACCACCCGGUGAAUGAUUCAGACCCAUUCAACAGCUCUGUGGCCUCUGCAAUAGAUAUACGUGCACCAAAGCCAGAUUCAAACUCUUCUAUAAAUCCUGUCAUGAGCGCUGAUGAUGCACGCAAUGUCACUGAGACACCCAGUGAGAACCAACCGCCUUCCUGGGCUUUCUUCCCCACACUCCCCACCAUCACUGCAAAGAAAAACAACAAACACAGGAUUGUGGGAGGAAAUGAAGCCACACCUGGAGAGAUACCUUGGCAGGUGGCCCUGGUGAGUUACUCAGCUGACUAUGCAAAAAUGCUGCCCUUCUGUGGAGGAUCACUUCUCAGGCCGUUCAGCUGUGGUCAAGUGAGCUUGUCCUCCACCUCCGUCGACAGGUCUCUCAUAAACCCACGGUCAUCAAACAUGACACUCAACGGCCUGCAGGAAGCCUAUUAUGAUGACAACAUAACACAAUCAUAUGAUUACUACAACCACCCGGUGAAUGAUUCAGACCCAUUCAACAGCUCUGUGGCCUCUGCAAUAGAUAUACGUGCACCAAAGCCAGAUUCAAACUCUUCUAUAAAUCCUGUCAUGAGCGCUGAUGAUGCACGCAAUGUCACUGAGACACCCAGUGAGAACCAACCGCCUUCCUGGGCUUUCUUCCCCACACUCCCCACCAUCACUGCAAAGAAAAACAACAAACACAGGAUUGUGGGAGGAAAUGAAGCCACACCUGGAGAGAUACCUUGGCAGGUGGCCCUGGUGAGUUACUCAGCUGACUAUGCAAAAAUGCUGCCCUUCUGUGGAGGAUCACUUCUCAGUGACUUAUGGGUCAUCACUGCGGCCCACUGUCUGAUUCCUAAAAAAAUUUAUUUCGUCAGAGUCGGUGAACAUGAUGUGAGUCAGGAUGAGGGUCCAGAGCGAGACCAUGUGGUAGCAGAUGAGCACAUCCACCACAGUUACAAUUAUACUGAGUCACCAUAUAAUCAUGAUAUUGCACUGCUGAAGCUUGCUGAUCCAGUGGAAAUGUCUGACCAACGGCGUCCCAUCUGCCUAGGCCCCAAAGACUUUAUAGAGGACAUAACGAGAGAGUCCAGAAACUCUCUGGUGAGUGGCUGGGGAACACUGAGGUCCCUGGGCCUCACGGCCCCUAAGCUUCAGAAGCUGGAGGUCCCCUAUGUGGAACGCACCUUGUGUAAACAGAGCAGCCGGGACCACAUCACACGCUUUAUGUUCUGUGCCGGUUACCACAGUGAACAAAAGGAUUCAUGUCAAGGGGACAGUGGGGGCCCGCAUGCCACCAAUUACAAGGGCACUUGGUUCCUGACAGGCAUCAUCAGCUGGGGGGAGGGGUGUGCCCAGUACGGGAAGUAUGGCAUCUACACUCGACUGUCACAGUACUACACAUGGAUCAGUCAGACAACAAGACUUGAAGUCAGCAACUGACAAAUUGAGUCAUGUUUUGGAAUAAUGCAGGUAGCAGUCUGAAAAAAAGGUUUUUACUUGUUCAACCACUGAGGAAGUGUUUUGCUCUACUGAAUCAAGUUUUAAUGUUAAUUUUAACUUUCCAAUAAAAUCAGAAUAUCUGAGUAAUUGCAUGCUUAAAUAUUGAAAAUGUAAGCCUUGAAGCUCUUCAUACAUUUGAUUUCAAAAGCUAUGCAUGAAAAUAUAUUUAAUGCAAACUUUAUGUAUAAGUAGGGUUGCCAAAUGCCAAGGAACGGAAAAGGCUUCCUGGAAAAAUCAAAAUUCAAUUUGGGAUAAUUUUGGCGUAUUUAGCAGAUUGAUCACAUGUAAGUAAAAUGCCUGGAAAAAUGCAAAUUCAAAUGGAAGGCAGUUCUGGGGCAACAAUAAAUGCACAAUAAAUUUUUAAUUAAAUUCAUUUUGGCUGCUUAUACCUUAUUGUAUGGACUAUGCAUUGCCAGUCCUCUGCUGUGCUUUGUAGUUUGGUGGUGUUGGUGCUGAAAGAACAACUCUUGUACAGUACAGUGCAUCCAAAUCGUUUUUACUUUCAUAUUUUGAUGAUAUGAAAGGUCAGAGUUGUCUAAUUUGUGGCUGCACCUCUAUCUGUGAUUGCUGGACUCGGUAAAGUCUGUCUUUGUUUACGGUCUGAGAGUGCCCACCACCCUCGGAUUACUGGGAUA